AUGGCGACUCCUUCAAGCGAGCGGAUGGCAACUGAAGAGCCAAGUCUUGUAGAUGAUUUGGAAGCUGCAUUUCAGAAUUGCCUUUCCCUACUUACAUCGCAAGAACAUUUUAAUGUAACAGAUUCUGAGGAGACAAAAGCAGGAAUUGAACACGCCCUACAAAGGUUUCUGGAAGUGAGUCGGCAGAUUGAAGCGUUCUUCUUACGAAAGAGGAUGAUUCUUUCUAUUCUGAAGCCAGAACAAGUGAUCAAAGAGGAGUUUAGUGACCUUGAGCAAGAACUUAUGCGUAAAGAGUCAUUGUUACAAAAGCAUCAACACCGACUGCAACAAUGGCAGAACUUGCUGUGUAAUCUACAGUCAGGACCUCAGCAACCUCCCCCUCCACCCCAGCCUGGUUCAGGUGCCAGCCAAGCACCUCAGGGUUCUGGUCAGCCUCCUGCAGGGGGAGGGGUUGGUGGUGGUCCAAUGUCUAUGCAUGGUAUGCAGCCUAAUUUACCAGGUUACCCACAAGUGCAACCCUCACAGACUCAGCAGGGUAUGCCUCCUGCUUCCCAGUCACUUGUUAUGCCACCCCCACAAACACCCCAGGUCUACCCACAGACACCCCUUGCAUAUCUUGAACAGACAAUGACCAAUAUUGGUAUUCCUUAA